AUGCCUCGAGUUGCUCAGGUACCACGAGCGGGCAGCGUCAGAGCGACCUCGGGCUCUAUGAAUGCCUCGCCCUUCAAGAAUUCUCCCGUUAAAAUCCCCCUCAACGACGAUGUGGAAGAAAAGGCAAGACGAGCGCAAUCGCGCCAUGCUCUUCACGAGAGGCAGAAGAAUGAACUCAAGGCAGCUGCUGCGACACCGCUCCGCAAAAUGAACAUCAGCUUGGAAGACAUUGAAAAUGCGUCGCCGGGCUCCAGACCAAAGACCCCCGGUGCACGCGGCAGCCGCGGCCGUCAAACCGUUGACGAUGAUGAUGAGGAAAUUGUUGUCAGUGGCAGCACAGUUACACCCAUGAAGCGAGUACCGAUUCUCGCCAACUUUGAAGAGUGGAUGAAGAUGGCCACGGAUAACAAAAUCAACGCCAACAACUCCUGGAACUUUGCACUAAUUGACUACUUCCACGAUAUGUCCCUGCUCAAGGAAGGCGACGGAGUCAAUUUUCAAAAGGCCAGUUGCACACUGGACGGUUGCGUCAAGAUCUAUACCAGCAGAGUCGAUAGCGUCGCAACCGAGACGGGCAAACUGCUGAGUGGCCUCGCAGAUAGCAACAACAAAAAGAAGGAUCGAGAAGGCGACGAUAUUGAGGGCGAAGAGAGCGAAGAAGAGGUCGACGAGGAUGGAAAUGUUAGAAAGAAGCCAAAGCGAAAGACACAACGAUCAUCAGAAGCGACCCUUGCGCCCAGUUUUUCCUCGCUUCAGCUCAAGAAGUUUGAGCUUGAGUUUGCCGUAGACCCUCUGUUCAAGAAGACAUCCGCAGACUUUGACGAAGGUGGUGCCAAGGGCCUGCUCCUCAACCAUCUCAUGAUAGAUGCCCAAGGCCGCAUUGUCUUCGACAGCAGCGACGACGUCGGUGACGCACACACUUCAAAGACGAGAAAAAAGGAUACCACAGAGGACGACGACGACGAAGAGGGAACCCCUGGACCAUCCAUGGUGCAGGAGGAGCAGGAGCCAGAGCCUGAGGAAGAGACUGAAGAUGUUGAGAUUGACCUCGGUGCCCUUGGUGCCAAAUUCUUCUCUGACCUGACUCAACUGGAUGAACUUGACAUCUGCCCGUCUUUGAAGACCUUUGACCUUGGUAACCCCUCCGGCUCUAUGGAUAUUCCCUUCUUGAGGGCACCCGAAGACUGGAGAGGAGACAACGACAAGGACAAGACUGCUGACUUGUUGGGUGACAACUCUGGCAUGUUUAUUGACGGCGAUAAUGCUGCUGGUUUUGAUGAUGACGACCUUGGCCUUGGCGGAUUCGAUCUCGGCGCUGACGUCGCAUUCGGCGAGGGUGGUGAAGCCUGGGCGAGAGAAGCUGCCCUUGAACCUCAAAUGCGAGUCUACGAUGCUGGCCUCAAUGAUGAUGGUGUCGCUGGCGGCGAUGGAAUGGAAAUGCUCGACCAAGACAACGGCGACUUCGUUAUUUCCAUGAGCCACGCACAAAAUGCCGAUAAGAUGCACGAGGAUAUUCUGGGUUAUUUUGACCAAGCCUUGCAGAAGAAUUGGAGCAGCGCUGAACACUGGAGAAUUAGAAAGAUCAAAGAUGUCAACAAGCCGGCAGCCCCAGCGAAGCAACGCAAGGAAAAGGAGCCUUUUGAGAUCGACUUCGCGGCACCACUUGACCAAGCCCUCGCCGAUGUCCUAUACACGAAGGCUUCUAGCAACUCUGCCAUAUCUAUGCCCAAGAAAGAUUGGAAGUCGAAGUCUCGAAACCUGUUGCCGGAUGACAAACACUUCAACUCUAAAUCGCUCCUCAAUCUCUUCCUAAAGCCCAAGGCUCGCCUCAGCAGACGGCGGGUUCUCGGCAACAAAAGCGGCGCGUUCGGUAACGCUGGACAAGACAGAGAUGUACCAGCAGGUGAAAUGGACGAGGCAUUCUGGGCACAACAGAAGGAACCCAUGCAAAGCAUCGAAGAAGAGACUGCGUUGCCGCAAGGAGAUUAUGACGCGAACUUCUUCCAAGAUGACGCACUUCCUUUUGCGGGCGGCCUGGAAGACGACGAGGACGAUUUCGCAGAUGCCCGUGAGCACUUCUCGCCAACUGCUGAAGGCGACCCUGGGGCCACUGAAACCGCUGGUAUGACAGCCUUGCUUGGCGGUGACGCGGCAACCAACGCCUUAACUGGUGCGUUUGGCACUACGCUAGUCACCCAGACGCGCCGUCUCCGGCCUGACUAUGUGCAAUAUGCCCGUGUGGCCAAGAGGGUGGACGUCAGACGGCUGAAGGAGGAAAUCUGGAAGGGAAUGGGCCUCGAGACAGAGGACAUGGACUCCAACAGCUCCCCCCCUGCAGUCCCAACAGGCCCGCCAGAGGACCCCUCCAAGGACCCGACAUUGAAGUUCACCGAAGUCAUGAACAACUUGCAGACAGUCUAUUCCAGACCCUUAAUGGAGGACAUCUCGACGAGUUUCUGCUUCAUCAGUUUGCUUCACUUGGCUAACGAGAAGGGUCUAGUUGUCGAAAAGACCCCCGACCUCACAGAGCUGAUGAUCCGCAAAGAUUGGACAGCCGAGAUUUCGGCAGGCGGAGACUAA